UUAAUAGAGCCCGUGAGAGCUUCUCUUGAGUCUUGUGGGUCGGAGUGACGUGAUUAGAAGAAGCUGUCAGUCAGUCCAGCGACCAGCGUGAAACGGGAGGCAGAAAGGGAGGCAAAAAAGACGGGAGCCUGUACCUAAGUGGACGUCAUGGCCCAAACUGACCCAAACUCCAGUCAACCCAGUACAGGGACCCCUAGAGACGUCACCGGUGUCUACUCUGAUGAACUGGGCUUCUUCACAAUGGACAUGAACGUCCCUGGAUUGUCCAAGGUUAUUCUCCAAAAACUCAACAUGAAAGACUAUGAGGACUACAGGGCUGCAUUGGAAGGGAAGAAGGGAGCAGCAGGUUUUGGGAUCCAUUCAUAUCACGAGAUGUUUCACAAAAUGGAAGACACCUACAAGUUCUGUGUGGAGUGCAGGAGGUUGCCUAGCAACCUGCCAGAUCCAAGAGCUCUGAGGAGGUGCAAGAGGUGCCAGAACGUGUACUACUGCUGCAAAGAGUGUCAGAGAGCCAACUGGCCGACUCAUAAGAAGUUCUGCAAGAAGCUCAAACUGGUGGCCAUCGACAGGCUUGUGGAGUGGCUUGUUUUCACAGGUGACCUCCCUUUCCCAACGGACGUGUGGACCAAGCCAGCUUCCCAAGUAUCAGGCUGGGAUGACUGGUUCUCCAUGCAGGGUGAUUUGGACAACAGGCUGGACGCGGUACUGACCAGCCGCUACAUGGGCAUCCUGUGGUCAAACGCAGGGAAGCCCCGGCCAGAGGAGCCUGAGCUGAGAGAGUCAGUCAAGCGAGUGUCCAGUGAGUUCCUCUCCCGGCCACUGACAAUCGGCAUGGGUCUGCUCAACUUUGGGCUGGACCCUUGCGCCCGGCCCCUCACUGUCCAUGUGGUGGGGGCCUCCCACAACGAGACCCUCAACGCCAGGGUCUCAGACCUGGACGAGCUUGUCCGGAUGUUCCCUGGGAUCCAGGCGCUGCAGGUAGUGAUGGUCGGGCCUGAGGUGGUGGAUGGCUCCAUCAUGAGGCCCCCACUGAGCGGCUACGGGCCCCGUGGACAGGUCUACAUCAGUGCCAACAAGGGGUUCUACCAUGACUUCUGGGAGACCCUGGUGGAGUCUCAGGAGGCAGCACGGCCCGAUCUGGUGGUGGGCUUUCAUCCAGGGUUCCACGUUUCCCCAGGCCUGACUGAGGGAUGGCUGCCUACCUUGCUUCUACUUAGAGACUACAAAAUCCCCUCACUCUUCACUGUGUACAACGAGCAGGAGCUGAAGUGUUCCCUGAAGAUCCUAGUGGAUCUGGAGUGCCGGAUCACUGCACAUGGAGUUAACCCUUUCUCCUCCCUGAAGCCAGAGCAGGUGCAGUCCUGCCCCAACAAACCUGUUGCUUACUGCCACUCCCACUACGUUGCUUUCCAUGGGCCAGUGGAGGAGAUGGACAUGGGUGAAGAGCAGCCGGAGGAAGGGGAGGAGAACUAGACUCGGAUUCAUGCUUCUGUUUCUGCCUUUUGAAUCCCUGCUGCUUGUCUUGACCAGAUAAUUGUGAUGUGACAUUAUUUGGAGGAUUAUCAAAUAUAUAUAUAUAUAUAUAUAUAUAUAUAUAUAUAUAUAUUCU